AUGCAAAUGAUGCGAAAACUUGCACCCACUGGUAUUGCUGCUGCCGAAAUAGGUGGUAUGACUAUUCAUUCAUUUUUGGGUGAACAACGCAAUUCUGGCAAACCACGAACCAUCAAACCAGGUGAUUCAAAACUUGAAAGAGAAUGGAGGCUCGUCGAAUAUUUAUUAAUCGAUGAAAUGAGUAUGGUUGGCUUAACUUUACUAGCAAAACUCAAUCGAAUUAUUUGUGCUGCAAAACAUGCUGAUCCUCAAGUUCCAUUCGGUGGUGUGAACGUUAUAUUCUUUGGGGACUAUUUACAAUAUAGACCUGUAUAUGAUGCACCACUACACACCGAUUUUUCAAUGCCAUCGAAAAAAGCUGUUAGCGCAAUCCCUUGCGGGAUUAAAAAUGUGAAACACGAUGGAUCUGUUGUUACUAAUUAA